AUGGGGAAUAACAUUUCAACUUCAUCUUUUUCCCCAUACUCCACUCAAAAUUCUUCAAAUUAUUUUACAAAUAUGUUAAAUGGUACAAAUUUGUCAAGUGUCGGGGAAUCUGAAGGUGAGGAUGUGGUUAAUCAUGGUUGUGGAGGUUCGGGAUCCGGUGUAUCUCUUAGUAACAUUAACAUUAAUUCUGUGGCAGAAGAAGAAAAUGAAGGUGAUAAUGAUGAACCAACACCAACAAUUUCAAGUGGUAAAGGGAGGAGGAUAUCUUGGAAUAAGGCCCAAGAUAACCUUUUAAUUAGUGGAUGGCUCAAUUAUGCUCCUGAUAAAGUAAAUGGUACUAAUCAAACCGGUGAAGCAUUUUGGAGUAAGAUAGUAGACUACUACAACAAGCAUCGUAGUGGGGGAAGACCAAGAGAACUUCAACAACUCAAGUGUCGCUGGCAAAAAAUACGACCUGCAGUUGCAAAAUAUGCAGCAUGUGUUGAUCUAUGCAAACAACGAAAUAAAAGCGGUGAGUGCACUUUAGAUGUCACUAAUGAAGCUAACGCAAUUUAUUAUUCUGAUAUGGAAGAAGAUUUUAAGUUUGACUUUGCAUAUGAAAGAUUAAAAAACCAACCUAAAUUUAUGAAUGCAUUUGUGUACACCACCGAUUCAUCAACACCCUUAUUUGAUCCUCCAAAUUAUCAAACUCCAAGUGGUAUCAAUCAAUCUGGAGGAAGUGAGGGGAGUGAAAAAAGAUCAAGACUAGACGAAAGUAGAAAUUUUUCUUCGUCAUCUGCAGAAAGAACACCACAAAGUGCUAACCCCCUAACACGACCAGGGGGUCAAAAGGCAGCAAAAAGGAAAUUGAAGAUGAAGGCAACUGAUGUUGUUGAUCCUUUGCAAGAGAAACUUGCAAGUGUACAACAUUCAAACGAAGAAACUGCAAAGGCAGUGAAGGAGUUCGUUGAGGUUGAACGAAUUAGAGAGGAAAGAAAAAGACAAGCCCAAAUCAUGAAAGAACAGGAAUUAAAAUAUCAACUACUACAAGCAUUACUAAGUCAAGAUACUUUAUCAGAGGAAGAUGAAGCUCGUAAAAAUAAGUUGUGGGACGAAUUAAUGACCAUGUAA